AUGCCUUUGAUGGGAAGGCUGCUGCCGCUGCGCUUCAGCUUCAACUUCAAGGCCAAGUCGCAGCCGCUGCUUGUGAGGCUCCUCCUGUGGGCCAUUCUUGUGGUGGCCUCCGGUGUCGUCCUUUAUCUUAGUGUCGCAUACCUCGCAAUUCCGCUGUUCAUCUUGCUUUCGCCGACGCUGCAUCCCACGCUGUACGAGCUGGGCUUCUAUGGCGGGUCCCCUUCGCAGACCUACUUCUCCAAUGGCCUGAGUUCGCCGCGCAUCAGCAUCAGGAAAUCCGACCCGCAAUGCGACAAGGCGUACACGUUUCUGAACUUCAAUGGCGCGUCCAUGGUGCGCAAGGGGCCGGCGAUACUCGAUCCCAACAAUGAACUCGUGUGGAAGUUGGAGGCUGAGGGGACGACGACCAAUUUAAAACUGCAGACGUACAAGGGGGAGCAAUAUGUGACCUACUGGACGGGCAUGAAGGGAGGGACCAUGGGGCGCGGCAUUUAUCACAUGUUGGACGCUUCUUACGACCUCAAACACACCGUCUCAGCCGUCGGCCUCGGAGGCGACCUCCACGAAUUUCUCAUCAGCAGAGACGAUACAGCGCUUCUGACCUUCUACAACGUCACCCCGGCCGAUUUGUCGUCCCUCGGCAAAACCAAAAACGGCUGGCUGAUCGACAGCGGAUUCCAAGAAGUCGACAUCACCACAGGCGAGCUGCUCUUCGAAUGGCGAGCCUCGGAGCAUUUCCAGGUCAACGAGACCUUCAUGACCCACCCUUUUGGCGGCUACUUCAAAAGCAUCCCCUUCGACUUCUUCCACAUCAACAGCGUUGACAAGGACUCCAAGGGCAACUAUCUCAUUUCCUCGCGUCACACCCAUUCCGUCACCUGUCUAAGCCCCGACGGCCAGAUUGUGUGGAUCCUCGGGGGACAACGUAAUCAGUUUGAAGACCUUUCAGGGGGCGAGGCCCUGAACUUCCGCUGGCAGCACGACGCACGCUGGGUGGAUGAGGAAGCUGGGAUCCUCACCCUUUUCGACAACAAGGAAGGAGGUCCACUGCAUGUCGAUGGGCCAUACAGCCGCGGAGUGAUGCUCCAACUGGACGUACCCAACCGGACGGUGACUUUUCUGCACGAAUACGCAUCCUUACACCACACCCGCACGCCUUCACAAGGCUCGACCCAAUAUCUCCCCACGAGCGAGCAUGUGUUCGUCGGAUUCGGCCAUUCUCCAGUUUUGAGCGAGUUUACCCUGAACGGCACGUUGCUGUGCGAGACGCACUAUGGAGCGCCAUGGCUGCACCCUUUCGACACGGCCGUAUCAUAUCGAGCUUUCAAAGCGCCGAAUUGGGUGGGAAUACCUCGUGAGCCUCCCACUGCGAAGAUUCGGGACGAUGUCCUGUAUGUUAGCUGGAAUGGUGCCACCGAGGUGGCGGCCUGGGUGCUGCAAGGCGCGAGCGAGCAAGAUGAAGGCUUCGUUGAUUUAGACGUGGUGGACAAGGAGACUUUUGAGGAGACCUUCGAGCUCGAACAGCUGUCGCAGUAUUCUUGGUUCCGUGUAGCAGCAUUGGACCGGAAUGGGCAGGUACUGAGGUCCACAGAGGUGAUCCAACGACAGUCUUCGAGCAGUUGGUGGAGCUUUCUGCUGGCAGUCUUUUGCUGGGCAUUGCUCUUCAGACUCGCGUGGAUGGCUUACAAAUGGUCCUCCGAACGGGGCCAUGCCAGCAGCAAGGGCGUCUCUUGGGUUGUCUGGAGGAAGUCUUGA